UGUCCGAACGUCUCAAAAAAAAAAACAAAUUAAAAAACCCCAAAAAAGAAAAGAAAAGGGAAAAAAACCAACAAUAAAACCUCCAAUUGAAGAAGGAGAAGGAUGAGCAGUUGGAGGUAAUAAUGGCCGCAACGAAAGAAGAAACCAAGAAUAAUACCUCCGCAUCAUCAGGGGUGAAUGAGAAAGAUGUGAAGUACGCAAUUUACCAGUUCUCGACGAGCGGAGCGGCUGUUGCUGUUGCCACCUCCUGCACUCAUCCUCUGGAUGUUCUGAAAGUUAGACUUCAGAUGCAACUUGCUGGCCAGAGAGGUCCUUUGAUAGGAAUGGGAGAAACUUUUGUGCGGCUAGUAAAAGUUGAAGGGCCUGGGGCACUAUAUCUUGGACUUGCACCAGCACUAGCUAGGUCUGUUCUUUAUGGAGGUCUCCGUUUAGGCUUAUAUGAACCUUGCAAGUAUAUAUGUGAUUGGAUGUUUGAUUCGACUAAUAUCAUUGUGAAAAUUGCAUCUGGUGCAUUUUCUGGUGCUUUUGCUACUGCAUUAACCAAUCCAACAGAAGUUUUGAAGGUAAGGUUACAAAUGAACUCGAACUCUGGAAGGGGGCCUAUCAGAGAGAUUCAGCAAAUGAUAGCAAAAGAUGGGAUAGGAUCAUUCUGGAAAGGGGUUGGCCCUGCAAUGGCUAGAGCAAGUACUCUGACCGCAUCACAAUUAGCCACAUAUGAUGAAACCAAGCAGGCCUUGCUGAAGUGGACGCCUCUUGAAGAAGGUUUUCAUCUGCAUCUCAUCUCGAGUGGCGUUGCCGGAACUGUUGGGACACUUGUAACUGCACCUGUGGAUAUUGUUAAAACCCGUCUUAUGCUGCAGCAAAGAGGCAAAGGCUACAAAAGUGGAUUUCACUCUGCAUAUCAGGUUGCGUGUACAGAAGGCAUCAGAGCACUUUACAAGGGAGGUUUUGCAACAUUUGCAAGAUUGGGACCCCAGACGGCUAUCACAUUUCUUGUCUGCGAGAAGCUGAGAGAGCUUGCUGGAAUGCAUGCGAUCUAAUUUCUUCAAUUUUGCGUUCUUAGAUUCAAUGAGGUGCUUUGAGGAAUUCACCCAUCGGUUCAAGAGUCAACAAGAAUGGAUAGAUUCUAACAUACUUGCAAAAUUCAUCAUCAUUAUUAUUAUUGUCCUCAACGGAGGAUUCAUUUUGAUUUUUUUUUGGCAAUGAAUAAGAUGGAUAACUUCCAUCUCCCUCACAUUCAAUUUGUAGAUUAUGUCACUUGACUGAACAUGUAGAUUGACAUAAAAUUCUCCCAUUUUGUUGAUUGUAGUGAUAUAUUAUUUAUAUUGAAACACCGCAGUUUGAAUAUUUGUAAUCAAGCUAGUUAUAUCAAUGGAAUUUUUUUUAUAUAA